CCGUGGAUAUUUUUAGAGACCAUAUUAUUUAAUAACACUUUUUCUUCUUUUCUCGGGGGUUCUCGGGCAUGGGGGAUGAUGCAAUUAUAGGGAGAUCCAGGGUGGGUGAAGGGCGAAGGGUGAAGGGCUCAAGUGAAUUCACUGGUGUCCCUGUUUCAGGAGGCAGCCCUGGUCAGGGAACAAUCAUCUAGCUUUCCUUUUCUUCUUAUCUUCUGACUGCCCAACUCAAUGCACCAUCCACCAUCCACCGUGAUAGCGGCGGACGAACAACACUGUGCAGGAUGCAGUGGACGUGCAGUUGCAAUUCCUAUGCCCCCAUCUUGUUGCUGCUGCUAGCGUUGCUGCUCCUUCUCAACAGCAACACCGUCUCCGCCCAUCCACUCCGCCGCCGCAGCAGCCCCAGCAACAACAACAACAACUGGCUCCCCAACCCUCUAAGCCUGGGUCAAGAUGCCACCGCAGCCCUAACCUGGCUCGACCACAGCGCCAACCAACUCAGCAACAACGUUGUCCACGGCCUCAACUCCGCCCUCCCUCCUGACCCCAACACCCUUCCCUCGCCUCCCUCACCUCCCCCACCCCCGUCAACAACCUCCCCCGACAAAAACUACGGCAUCGCCUACUCCCCCUACACCGCAGAGGGGACCUGCAAACCCGCCACGCAAAUCACCCACGACCUCGCCCAGCUCACCAGCUACGCCCUCGUCCGCAUCUACGGCACCGACUGCGACCAAACCCGCCUCGUCCUGGCCGCGGCCCGGGGCCUCGGCCUGCAGGUCUUCGCCGGCCUCUUCGACCUCCGCCACUUCACCGACGAUCUGGCGCUCAUCAUCGCCGCGGUCGGCGGCGACUGGGGCCGGAUCCACACGAUCGCGAUCGGGAACGAACUCCUCAACAGCGGCCAGAACACCGCCGCCGAGGUGGUGGGCGCCGUGCAGGCGGCGCGCGCCACGCUGCGUGCCGCCGGGUACCCCGGCCCCGUCGUGGCGGUCGACACGGUGGCGGCGCAUCUGGCCAAUCCCGCCGUGUGUGCGGCGAGUGAUUAUUGCGCGGCGAACUGUCAUGCGUUCUUUGAUGAGGAGGUCGAGGCCGCCGGCGCGGGAGCGUUUGUGAGGGGCCAGGUGGGGAAGCUACUCGAGAUGAUGGAGGGGGAUGGGGAUAGGGAUGGUGAUACGGGUAAACGCAAGAAGGUGGUUAUCACGGAAAGCGGAUGGCCGCAUGCUGGCCAGGCGAAUGGGAAGGCCGUGCCCUCGUUGGAGAAUCAGCGCGCUGCGGUGCGGAGUUUGAGGGAGGCGUUUGCGCGGUCUGGUUCUGGAGCUGGAGCUGAUGCUGAUGCUGAUGCUGAUGCUGAUGCUGAUGCUGAUGCUGAUGCUGAUGCUGAUGCUGAUGCUGAUGCUGACCCAAAGACUGGGGAAGAGGAUGGCGAGGUAGGGCUGGUGCUGUUCUCCUCGUUCGAUGAUCUCUGGAAGGUGGAUAAUGGGUAUACCUUUGGGGCGGAGAAGUUCUGGGGGAUCCUGGGGCAUUAACUCCUCUUGUUGGUAUUCAUGCUUGUUUCAGGGGAUGAGGAAGAAAGGGUGAUAUCAUGCUGGGUUUCAUGAUACUGUUUCUAUUGCUUGCUCGAUGUUUAGGGCUGCGUGUUUUC